UGUCACGUCAUACUUUUUGUAAUGAGUUAGACAAUACAACAUGUCUGAGUGGGAAUGUUCGGUUUGUACUUUGUUAAAUAAAGAAACUGAUGAUAUGUGUUCUGCUUGUAGUCUUAGAAAGCAUAAUGCUGUAUUAAAAUAUCCUCCGUAUACAAGUAUGGAUCACUAUGGUGCAAGUUCCAAACUUACAUAUACAGAUGCGGUGAAAUCUGAAUUAAAAGACACCUCGGCAGAUCCUGUAACUGACAAUGAUUGGACUUGCAGUGACUGUACCUUUCACAAUUCUGAAUCAACAAAGUGUGCAAUGUGUGAAAUCUCAAAAACCGAUUCACUUCGAAAAUCCAGGACACCAGUGAAAAAAUCAUACAAUCGUCAAGAACAAAACAUACCUCGUGGCUAUGCAACAGCGAGCAGAUCCAUGAGUCAGAAUGACAUAGAAGCAGAUUAUGUUAAAGGCGGCGGAGAAGUAAGAAUAGUGUUAUUAGGUCGCACCGGAAGUGGAAAGAGUGCUACUGGUAAUACAAUUCUAGGGGGAAACAAGUUUAUAGCAAUGGUCUCGGGAACAUCGGUGACUGCCAACUGUAGCAGGGGAGAAUGUUAUCGCGGUAAUAGACUUCUAUUAGUCGUUGACACACCUGGAUUAUUUGAUACAAAACAUUUAAAUGAUGAAAUCAAAAAUGAGAUAAGCAAAUGUGUUGGUAUGACGUCACCUGGUCCUCACGCUGUUCUUCUCGUCAUCGCAAUUGGACGGUAUACUAAAGAGGAACAGGAUACAGUCGAACAUUUUAUACAGCAUUUUGGCCAUGAAAUCAUCAGAUAUAUGAUGAUAGUCUUUACUCGUGAAGAUCGUUUGAAACAAGAACAGAGGACAAUUGAAGAGUUUCUAGAAACUGCUCCAUCUACACUAAAAGAGAUCGUAAGCAAAUGUGAGAAUAGAUAUAUUUGUGUAAAUAACCUUGCAAAUGAAUCUGAGAAAGGGAGAAAAGUGGAUGACCUUAUAACAAAAAUCGACGCCAUGGUUGCCGAAAAUGGCGGAAAUUGUUAUACUAAUGAGAUGUAUGCUGCUGCAGAAGAAAUAGUAACGCAAAGUAUGCAACGGAAAGAGAUGGAAUUGUCCCUGAACCAUAUGUCUUCAGAAUUUGAACAGGACAUUCAUGCUCUGACAGGUGAAAAGUCCAAACUAGAAGAUACCAUGACGAAAAUGCGAUUCGAAAAAGAUCAUUCUGAGGAGGAAAAGAAGAUUUUACAGAUGAAAAUGGUACGACUUCAGCAACAAAAGGAGAUUAGCAAAGGAGAGAUGGGCGAGGAAAAGAAACGACAAUUAACUUUGAAAAUCGCAGAACUUCGCAAAAGUGAAGUUCGCCUUAGUCAGCAGCUACAACGAGAAGAACGUAAACGACUCUUGAUGCUCUCCGAUUUAGAAAAAGCCAAUUACGAAAUCAAAGAAAAACAAAACGAAAUUAAGAAAGGAUUCUCUAGGUGUUAUAGACGACGAGGACAUAUUGAUGAACAUUCUUUACGACAACAAGUACGCGAUGAUAUUGAAAACAAAUCACCAAACAUUUUUACUGAACUGUUGAAGUCAAUUAAGAACGUCGGAAGAAAAUUUCUUAGCCGCGCCAUCAAACUUUUUACAAAACAACUGUAAUAAAAACGAUAUACAUACUUGAAGGAUAUAAAUAAACUUAAACAAUUGCAACUCUUCUUACUUAGCAUUGAAUUUUAUUAAAAUAUGAAUGCACUUAAAACAACAGCAUAGUAUGUUAGGCAUACAAUGCUUGGCUGAACGAACAUGUAUAAUUUAUACCUAUACUACAUAGUAUGGUAUAUAUUUGCCAAUAAUGUCCCGUCACUUAUCCGGUUGAAA